UGACAGUGACAGAUACAAUUCUUAUCUCCCUUAUCUAACUAAAAAACAAACAAUUUUUAACCGUAAUACUAAAAAUAUUAAUCCUUCGCAAGACGCAUGAAAAAGAAAUAUAUUACAUCAAAUAAUAUGUAUAGGUUUUUGGUAUUUGGCAAAACUUUAAAUGCCUUAUCAGUGCAAUUAUGCUUGAUUUCAUUAGAAUAGAUAACGACUGUUAUCGGUUAUCACCCGAAAAUUCUUUGUUGUAAUUGAGAGAUCUCAAUCAAAAUGUGUAUAGUAUUUAUAUAUGUAGGCUCCAAUGAUGCCGACAGUGAAUAUAAACUAAUACUUAUAUCCAACAGAGAUGAAUUUUAUGACAGGCCAUCACAAAACAUGAGCCCUUGGGAGGAAGAUGUUAAUAUUUAUGGAGGGCGAGAUUUACAAACUGGAUGUGAAGGGGGAACUUGGCUUGCAUUAUCUACUUAUAACAAAAAAAUAGGACUACUGCUUAAUUUGCCUGGAGUACAUAAGGAUAAUGCUAAAAGUAGAGGUAAAGUUGUUGAAAACUAUGUUAAGGGUGAUAUAAAAUUAAUUAGUUUUGUUGAUUCUAUGAAACAGCAUUUUCAAGAAUGCAAUGAAUUUGUAUUAGUUGCUGUUGAGUUUGGGUGUGUAAUAAUUAAUGUAAUACCUACUGUACAGACCUACAAUAAUGGAAAUAAUGAAUUAAAACAAUGGCAUGAUCAAUACUUAGGCUUUAGUAAUAGUCUCCCUGAUCAGCCAUUAACCAAAGUGGAGGCUGGAAAGUGUAAAUUACAAGAUGCUUGCAAUAAAUAUAAGAAAAUAAAUAACAAAGACAAGUUAAUUGAAGAAUUAAUAGCUGUGUUGAAAUCUGAAAAGAGUAAUUUGCCCGAUCCACAAUUGGAAGAACGAAGGCCACAAAUUUUUAAAGAGCUAAGCUCAAUUUUUGUAAAAAUACCAAAGGCAAGAUAUGGUACAAGAACACAUACCAUAAUUCUGUUAACAAAAACCGGGGAAAUGGAUAUAAUUGAGAUGAGUAUGAAAUCCCCAAUAGAUCCCUUGGAACCAACUUGGAACAAUGUUACUUUUUCGUGGCAUACUCAACACAAAAAUUCAAAACAAUAACAAGCAAAUAAAACUUAACAAAAAUAGACAAAUGAGACUCAAGAAUAAGAACAAUAGAAAAAAUUAUAAACAAUUAUUACCGAAAAUAAGUAACAGCGAAAUUGGGCCAAUAAAAUUGGAGAUAAGUGUAUUCGGGAGUAAACGGAACAUGGGGAAAGAAGCAGGACGCAAAGGCCGACUAAUUAAC